UCAGAUUCAGAGGACCUUGACUAUUUACUGUACCUCAUAAACAAGAACGCGCCUUGUGAGCGUUUCAAUGACGUUAAAAUGACGCAAAGACGCGGUGUCGUCAUCUCACCGGAAGUUGAAGAGGGAAAUCAGUGGAGUCGCGUUGGCAUUUAGUAUCAGCAGCCGACGCUCGUGUUCAGGGGAGACGCCGAGCCUGUUCGCAGACCUCAGGAAUAGGACAUGAGAAGGUCUCCACCAUGGACACAGAGAUGAUGCCGAAAUUCUCCUCAAAAGAUGAGGAAAUCGAUUACUGGAAAUGCUUGUCUCUCAAAUACAAGAAGAGUUGUCAUGACGCUCAGGAGGAGCUGCAGGAGUUUCAGGAAGGCAGCCGGGAGCUGGAGGCCGAGCUGGAAGCUCAGCUGGGUCAGGCUGAGCACCGUAUCCGAGACCUGCAGUCAGAGAACCAGCGGCUGAAGAGCGAGGUGGACACACUCAAGGAUAAACUGGAGCAGCAGUACGCCCAGAGCUAUAAGCAGAUAUCCAUGCUGGAGGACGACCUGGUCCAGACGCGUGGCAUCAAGGAACAGCUGCACAAAUAUGUCAGAGAACUGGAGCAGGCCAACGACGACCUGGAGAGAGCCAAGAGGGCCACCAUCACAUCUCUGGAGGACUUUGAACAGAGGUUAAACCAGGCGAUAGAGCGGAACGCGUUCCUGGAGAGCGAGCUGGACGAGAAGGAGUCACUCCUGGUCUCAGUGCAGAGGCUAAAGGAUGAAGCUAGAGACUUGCGGCAAGAGUUGGCUGUACGAGAGAGGACUUCAGAUGUUGUCAGGAUGUCGGCCCCCAGCUCUCCCACACUAGACAUUGAUAAGACCGACUCUGCCGUGCAAGCGUCCCUGUCCCUCCCGGCCACACCUGUAGGAAAUAAGACCAUGGACCACCCUUUCAUUGCUUCCAAAGCGUUGACCAAUGGCUAUGGAAACUCUCCCCUCACACCAUCUGCACGCAUCUCAGCCCUUAACAUCGUUGGUGAUCUCCUGCGGAAAGUUGGGGCUCUCGAGUCUAAACUAGCUGCCUGUAGGAACUUCGCCAAGGACCAGGCGGCAAGGAAAAGUUACGCCACGGGAAAUGGAAACCUCAUCAACAGCAACGCAACCAAGUUCUCUCAUUCACUCCACACAACGUAUUUCGACAAGACGACUUUAAAUGGACUGGACCCUGGUGCCCUGACCGCCAUGGCUUCCCCACGAGCCGUGUCUCCUCCCGGCAUGCUCCCUCUCAGCGUGUGACAGACAUUUCACCUCCACACAAGCUUGGACACAUGGAAAUGGAGAGAGAGGGGGAAUGUGUGAGUGUGUGCGUAAGAGAGACUGAGAUGACGUGCCUCCUCCGCGUCUGACAGAUACAUGUCGGGCGUGGGGGUGCCGUUCCUGUGGGCGUCUCGCGCGGUUCUCUGGUUCUCACGAGGUCUCACUUAAAGCCAGCAAAACGACAAGGGUCCGAGUCGGACCGCAGCUUCAGCGUGAUUGUUUUUAGUGAGCCGCACAAUUUAAAAGAUGUUUAGCAAAAUAUAAAAACGAUUAAAAAGAAUGAAAAGGGAUUUUCUUUGAGGUGAACGUCACUGUAUGCUGAACACAGAUGAGUGUGUGUUGUAUGAGUGUUUGGGGCAUGUGUGAGAUCUGAACGCCCCCUCAGCCUUGAUUUACAUGUUCACUGUUUUCAGGUUCAGUAAAGGGUCUUAAUGUGGAGGUCAGCAGAUGUGUUUAACUAUAAUGAAUGCAAGAACAACUUCAUGUUGCACAACUUCACCUACCUUUAAAAGCUCCUUUAAUGAAUUAUUAACCCAGCUGGCUGGACACCAGUCUGCUUAAUGAAACCUCUCUUUUAGGGCUUCAAAAGGUAGGUAUGGUUUCACGACUGAUUUCUGUAUUUGCCACUCUGUACUUCCACAGUUCAAAAGUGUUCACUGUAAGAUCUCGUGGUCAUCAUCACCCUGUAUUGACACACAAACUGCUUUGACUGUAAAUCAGUCUCUGUGCAACGCGACCGUCGUCACAGAACUUGGUCAGUGGUUGUACGAACCUCAUUUCUAUCCCAUGUGCCUCUGGAUCUGCUGGUGAGUUUGAUAUUCACUGUUUAUUUAUUUCUCUCAAGGAACGGAAGCCAAGCUUUGUUUGUCACAGUGUUUAAGUUCAGUUAAUUUACGCAAAGCUUCAACUUCAUGUAUAGGAGCACUUGUUGGUGUUUAUUUACCCCUUUGAGUCUUUGAUUUCACACGCACUUUUGUUGGCCGUCUUGUUAUAUUUCAUGUAUAUAGAUUUGGAAACAUAGCAGCGUUGCCCAGCCUGUAGAUACUAAAAUUGGGCUGAUUUGCUGUUUAAUUUAUUUCAGAAAAAUGUAUGGCAUGUUUUGACACAUGGAUUGAUUUUUACAUACUGUGCAUUGUUUGAAAGCAUAUAUCAAGAUGUAAAAUUGGUUGUCUAAUAUGCGCAAAUGAAUAAAGGGAUAAAAUGAG